AUGGCUUUGAAAGCAGAGGCAAUCCGUGCCCUCCGAAAGUUCGCGUCUUGCGAUAUUGGCGAUGCCCUUGUCAAACUAGGAGUUCCUAAUGGCGGAUACCUUGCCGGCCUAAAGAUGUUUUCCCCGGGCGUCAUGUGCACCAAAACUCGAAUGUUCGGACCGGCCUACACAGUGCGCAUGGUUCGUGAUUCGGACAAGUCAUCACCCACUCCUCCGAAGCACUUCGCAGACGCCAUUCCCAAAGAAAGUGUUGUGUUUAUCUCGCAGCCGAAGGGGUUGGUCAGCGCGUGUUGGGGCGGACUCAUGAGUACCAGGGCCAAAACAUUGGGGGCGGCCGGCGUGGUCAUAGAUGGUCGAUUCCGAGACCUUGCUGAGCAUCAGGAAUUAGGAAUAUCGCUAUUCGCGCGCGAGAUCAGCAUAUUGGGUUCGGGAAGUUUCACCCGUUCGUCUGAGUUGAAUAUUCCGAUCACAUACUCGAGCGCCGAGGGCGGAGAGGCUGUUGUUGUUCGCCCAGGGGACUAUAUUGUGGGAGACGCCGACGGGGUUGUGGCUGUGCCGAUUGAAAAGAUCGAGCGCUGUGUGGAGCUGUGUCAAGAGCGGUAUGAUAUUGAUGAGGAGACUCGCGAAUGCUUGGAGAUGGGCGACGAGAUGGGUCCCACGAUCAAAAGGCUGAGGAAAUGA